AUGAGAUGCAAUGCCUGCUGGCGAGAAUUGGAAGGACGGGCUGUCACUACUACCUGUGGUCAUCUCUUGUGCACAGAGGAUGCAAGCAAGAUUCUCAGUAAUGAUGGAGCUUGCCCCAUCUGUGAUCAAGUGCUCUCCAAAAGUCUAAUGAAGCCCGUAGAUAUCAAUCCAAAUGAUGAAUGGGUAAAUAUGGCCAUGGCUGGAGUUUCUCCUCAGAUACUGAUGAAGAGUGCAUACAAAAGUGUAAUGUUCUAUAUGGGGCAAAAGGACUUGGAGAUGCAAGUCAAGAUGAAUAAGGUAGUUGGUCAGUGCCGUCAGAAAUGCGAGGCGAUGCAAGAGAAAUUCACCGAGAAAAUGGAGCAAAUUUACACUGCAUACCAGAAAAUGACCAAGAGGUGCCAGAUGAUGGAGCAAGAGUUGGAGAAUCUGACCAAAGAUAAACAAGAGUUGCAGGAGAAGUUUUCGGAAAAAUGCAGGCAAAAGAGAAAACUCGACGAGAUGUAUGAUCAAGCAAGAAAUGAGAUCGAGUCAAUGAAACGCACAGCAAUUCAGCCCGCUCACCAUUUCUUUCAAAGACCAGAGCCUGAUUUGUUCACAAACUCAGCUGCUAGGCUGGACAACAGAGAUCCCAUCAGGAAAGGGCCAAGGGACGACAUGUGGCCGACGAGACACAACAGCUCAAACUCGACAUUCGACAUGUCUGGUGGCUCGCCGGCAAGACAGCCGGCCAUGCCGACUGAGACAGGUAACAACAGGAUGCAUGGCGGUGGUCAAGCUCCUUUCGGCACCAGACAUGGGCCCGCAACAGGAAAUCCUUCGAUGACUCUCAGAAAUCUCAUUCUUUCCCCGAUAAAGCGUCCUCAGCUCACCCGCAGCCGGCCUCAGAUGUUCACGUUGUAG